AGUGCUGCCUACAUAUUUGGGGCCUGAGGGAGAAAAUCUCAAAGUAACUAGGACCAUCCGCCGGCUUCAAAACCUCUGCUCUCUCUACUCCACCUUAUCUUCUUUCCUCCUCAUAAACCCCUUUUCUUCCUUCACUCUACCCUAGAGAUAAUACCACCAAUGUCUUCUCUUACCAAACCCUUAAUCAAGAAUUUAUCCAUGGCGACCAAUUCUUGCCUUAUCUCUCUUCCUUCCUUCUUCACCACCACCAAAUCCAUGUCUUUUAUCUCAACCCCAUUAAAACCCAUCUCCCUUUCUUCCUCAUUCUCCUCUUCAUCUUCUUUUUUAUCUCUUAAAAAGACAACUACCCAAUUCCCAUCUAUUGUUUCUGUAGUGGCUGCUCAGCAAGAUGAUGACAGCAGUGUUGGCCUUGAAGAUAAAGAACAAGGUGGGGAAUCGCUUAGCUUUGAUUUUGCAAGUGUUGGUGAUGCAGGGGAGAGUGAUGAGGCUGAGGCCGAGGCGGAGGAGUACGAAGAACCUCCGGAAGAUGCGAAAUUGUUUGUUGGGAAUUUACCCUAUGAUAUAGAUAGUGAGGGGUUGGCUCAACUUUUUCAACAGGCUGGUGUUGUUGAGAUUGCUGAGGUCAUUUACAAUAGGGAGACUGAUAGGAGUCGUGGAUUCGGGUUUGUGACAAUGAGCACUGUGGAAGAAGCUGAAAAAGCUGUAGUACUGUACAACCGUUAUGAUCUCAAUGGAAGGCUCUUGACAGUCAACAAAGCUGCUCGAAGAGGAUCACAGCCAGAACGUCCACCUCGAACAUUUCAGCCUACUUACAGAAUCUAUGUUGGCAACAUCCCAUGGGACAUUGAUGAUGCACGCCUUGAGCAAGUCUUCAGUGAACAUGGUAAAGUAGUAAGUGCCCGGGUGGUUUAUGACAGAGAGUCUGGACGGUCACGAGGCUUUGGUUUUGUGACGAUGUCAAGUGAAGCUGAGAUGAGUGAAGCAAUAGCCAACCUUGAUGGACAGACUUUGGACGGGAGGACGAUCAGGGUAAAUGCUGCUGAAGAAAGACCUAGGCGCAACACGUUUUGAUUUUGAUCACAUGUUUUAUUGUUCGAUUGGCGUAGUAGUGACAGUUCUGCAGCUAUGAGCAGUUAGAUUUUCAUCAAACGUCUUUAAUUUGGCUCUCUACUUGUAAGUUUUUAUUUGUUGAUUACUUAUAUAGGGCACGGCGACUUUUUUU